AUGCCAAACCCAUUCUCACCACACGGCUCCAACGGUCCAUUGCGCCAGAACGCAGUCCUGCUCUCGGUCCUCGCGGCCAGUGGUGCGGGGUACUGGCUCAUCAAGUCGAGCUCCCUAAAACGUGACAAGAAGAGGCAGGAACAAAUCUACACCGAGAAGAGGAAACAUAUUGACACGACGAAGAGUGAUCACUGA